AUGGCAACUAACGUUACAAGUGGACGCUUUCUUGAUGCUGAUGAAGAAUCUUUAGCAAAAUCAAUAUCUUUCGAAAAGUAUGAAAAACAGCCAUUAGUAUCAUUUGAAGAGGCUACCCAAGCUUUAAAACGUUUGGUAGACAAUCUUAAUAAAUUGGUGAAGAUGGCAAAGAAAAAGCCUUUUGAUCAGUCGGUCAAUCUUACCAAAGAUGAAGCAGCUGCUAUUUAUCUGUAUACAACCAAAUCAGGGAAAUCUGAUACAAGUGUUUCCAUUCAAUUGAAUCAAGCACUUCGCUCGGGAGAUCAAGACCAAGUGAACCCUUGGUUUUCCUAUAUCAAGCUCUUUCUUUCUGCCCUAUGGAAAUUGCCAUCAGUCAGAGGCACAAUCUUUCGUGGUUCUCGAGGCAACAUCAGUGACCAAUAUCAGAAAGAAUGUGUCUGGUGGGGUUUUAGUUCUUGCACAAAGUCCAAAGACUUACUGAAAACUUCUCUUGGUGGAUCUUCCGAGCGAACUAUAUUCGAGAUUGAAUGUAUUAAUGGGAGAAGUAUUAGCAAUUUUUCGGACUCUCAAUAUGAGGAUGAAGUUCUUCUUAUGCCUGGUACACGUUUACUUGUUAAGAACAAGAAUAAAAUGAAAGAAGGGCUAUAUGUGGUUUAUUUGCAAGAAACUGGUAAAAAUCCUCUUAUAACUUUUCUCAUUGGUACCACAUCGUCGACGGUUGAGAAACCUCCAACUGGCCAACACUCUAAUACAAGUACAAUUCAAGCAGCUACGAAAAUGCUACGAGCGCCACCACAGAGUAAGACCAUUUCUAUUUUGAAUUAUAUAUUUUUCGGAGCACAUCCCGUCAAUCGAAAUGGAAUAUAA